GACGCAGCGGAGCGGCGGGAGAAGCGGCGGGAGAAGCGGCGGCGGCGGCCUGACGUCACCGGCGGGAGCACCGGGGAGCCCGGCGUGACGUCAUGCCGACCGUGCUGGGCCUGGAGGGCUCCGCCAACAAGGUGGGCGCGGGGGUGGUGCGGGACGGCGCCGUCCUCAGCAACCGCCGCGCCACCUACGUCACGCCGCCGGGACAGGGGUUCGCCCCCGGCCCCACCGGGCGGCACCACCGGGCCGUGCUGCUGGGGCUGAUCCGCGCCGCGCUCCGCGAUGCGGGGCUGGAGCCCCGGGACCUGGACGGGGUGGCCUUCACCAAGGGCCCGGGCAUGGGUGCCCCCCUGGCCGUGGUGGCGGCCGUGGCGCGGACGCUGGCGCAGCUGUGGGGGCGCCCCCUGCUGGCCGUGAACCACUGCGUGGGGCACAUCGAGAUGGGGCGGCUGCUGGGCCACGCCCCCGACCCGCUGGUGCUCUACGUCAGCGGCGGCAACACCCAGGUGAUCGCCUACUCCCGGCGGCGCUACCGGAUCCUGGGCGAGACGCUGGACGUGGCCGUGGGGAACUGCAUCGACCGAUUGGCCCGGCUGCUGCAGAUCCCCAAUGACCCCAGCCCAGGGUACAACGUGGAGCAGCUGGCCAAGAGGGGCCGGCGCCUGAUCCCGCUGCCCUACGUGGUCAAAGGACUCGACGUCUCCUUCUCGGGGCUCCUGUCGCACCUCCAGGCUGUGACCCCCAAACUGCUGGAGUCGGGGGAGGCGACACCGGAGGAUUUGUGCUUCUCCCUGCAGGAGACAGCGUUCGCGAUGCUGGCGGAGGUGACGGAGCGGGCGCUGGCGCUGACCCGGGCACGGCACCUGCUGCUCGUGGGGGGCGUGGCCUGUAACCACCGGCUCCAGGAGAUGCUGCAGACCAUGUGCAGGGCCCGUGGGGCCGAGCUCUGCCCCAUAGACGACAGGUACUGCAUCGACAACGGCGCCAUGAUUGCCCAGGCCGGGUGGGAGAUGCUGAGGGUGGGGCAAGUGACGGAGCUCAGCCAAUCAGGGAUCACGCAGAGGUACCGGACGGAUGAGGUGGAGGUGACCUGGAGGGACUGAGGUGACCACACUCCUGAAUGGCCACACCCAUUUAAUAAAAUUAUAUCUCCACCCCCCCA